UCUCCUUCCUCUUCAGCAUUCACCUCAAAUCUCAAUCUUCCUGUGUCUAAAGUCACGACCUAACACCAAAACAAAAGCUCACGAUCGAAUCCUUAGACACUUCCGUCACCCAAAUUUCGCAAUUUUCCGCUUUUAAUUUAAAACAAAUGUGUUAUUUUCGUGAACACCACUUGCAGCUGAAAAUAAACCGACGAUAAUAAAAGCUCAUCGGAAGUAAACUCGACCAAGUCAAUAAACCUAACCUCAAUUUGUCAACACUUCCUAUUUCAUGGGUUUUCUCGAAGAUGAGCUGUGCGAAGUCAAAAAGCUGUGCGAAAAUGUGGUUCCCGGCAGCAAACUCGUGUCGUGUGUCAAGACGAUGGUUCGAGCAGAAAUAAAAAGGACUGAAUUCAAGUCCGUGGUCAUUUGCAUCCAGUUCCCUGAAACCUACCCCAGCACUCCGCUUCUGCUCGAACUCAAGUCGAAAACUUUGUCUGAAAAGUUGCUGCACGGACUGACGAAUGUAUGCGAACAAGAAGCUAAAAAAUACCUAGGGAAAGCACAAGUUCUCAAUACUAUUAAGUUUCUGAGGAAUUUUAUCGACGAAAACCCCCUUUGUUGCUGUUAUGACGAAAUAAACUUCCUUAAGAAGGUUCUCACGGACAGAGACGAGCUCAAACUCAAGCAGAAAACGUCCAGCGUUCACUUGAAAGCAGUCAAUCAUAGCUACUUCCUCAACUGUCGGGUUGUAGUUCCUGAUGAUUACCCAAAAGCCGCUAUUGAUAUACAAGACGUCUCCACGAAUUUCUCGUCCGCUUUCAACCGACACAUGGUCGGUCAAGCCAGAGAAAUAGCCCGAAAGUGCGUGGAACCCCCCAUUAAGAAAAAACCGAACGACCCCCCGUUCAAGCCGUCGCCGUCCCUCCAAAAAUCCGUUGAGUUUCUGAUCGACUGCGUGAAGCGGCUGCCUUCAGAAAAUUGUCAGUUUUGUAAACAGCGCUGUUUUCCCUGUGAUCCAAGACAAUUGGAAAUUGACGAGAAUUCCCCCAAACAUAUUGAACGAGUCCACUGUGGACAUUUGUUUCAUCAGGAGUGCUUUUUCGCGUUUAUGAAGCAACCACCUUUUGGCAAUAAGAAGUGUAGCGCUUGUGGGGCUCGCAUUUUCCAUUUUAAGUGGUCUUUGUCGGACCGGCUUGCUGAGGAGAGGUGGGCUCAUGAACAAGCGAGGGAGAGAGAGUUGCAGGAAGUUACUGAUUUUUUUAAUUAAGUAAGGUUAAGUUGAGUGUGGAGUUUGAUAUUUUAGUAUGAUUUUGAAAGGAAUUAAUAAAAUGUUUCCGAG